GGUCAGUAUACUUAGGUACCUGCUUCGAAGUGACAUAUUCAUCAUGGCACCAAUUGCCCUAUCACCACCUUCCUCGCCAUCAACACAAGCUGCUCAACUGGUACCCAGUAUCGACAGCUACAAAGGUUACCAUCAUGUGCAUUGGUACGUGGGAAAUGCUAAGCAAGCGGCUGCAUACUAUGUCUCGCGUAUGGGGUUCGAGCGAGUUGCGUACAAAGGACUCGAGACUGGUUCAAGAGCUACUGCUUCACAUGUUAUUCGGAAUGGAUCCGUAACAUUUGUCCUGACAUCGCCGCUGCGAUGUAUGGAGCAAAUCGAUCGUUUCGGCCCAGAAGAGCAAACACUAUUGAAGGAUAUCCAUGCGCACCAAGAGAGACACGGGGACGCUGUGAAAGACGUUGCCUUCGAAGUGGACAACCUAGAUGUCAUCUUCUCAGCUGCUCUCAAAAAUGGCGCGAAAGUUAUAUCAGAGCCCAAGUUACUCUCCGACUCUUUCGGUAGCCUCAAAACCGCCACGAUACAGACGUAUGGCGACACCACUCACACACUAAUUGAAAAGUCGACAUACUCCGGGGUUUUUCUUCCUGGAUACCGCUCAGAAACAGUAAAGGAUCCUUUAUCAAAGUUUCUUCCAAAAGUAGGGCUCGACGCAAUCGACCAUUGCGUUGGAAAUCAGGACUGGGACGAGAUGGAGGAUGUGUGCGACUAUUACGAAAAUGUACUUGGCUUCCAUCGAUUCUGGUCAGUUGAUGACAAAGACAUCUGCACCGAAUACAGUGCACUCAAAUCUAUUGUCAUGUCGAGCGAAAAUGAUAUGGUAAAGAUGCCCAUCAACGAGCCAGCGAAGGGUAAGAAGCAGAGCCAGAUUGAGGAGUAUGUCGACUUCUAUGGUGGUGCUGGUGUCCAGCAUAUCGCAUUGAGAACGGAUAAUAUCAUCGAUGCUAUCACGAACCUGAAGGCUCGCGGCAUGGAGUUUAUCAAAGUUCCGGAAACGUAUUAUGAUUCGAUGAAGAUGCGCUUGAAGAGAGCUGGGUUAACGCUGAAUGAAGAUUUCGAGACUCUCAAGAGCCUCGACAUUCUCAUAGACUUCGACGAGGGUGGAUACCUCCUUCAGCUGUUCACGAAGCACCUGAUGGAUCGUCCUACAGUCUUCAUUGAGAUCAUCCAGAGAAAUAACUUUUCUGGGUUUGGUGCUGGUAACUUCAAGUCGCUGUUCGAGGCUAUCGAAAGAGAGCAAGAGCUGAGAGGCAAUCUUGUGUAGAGGGAAACAUUAUUCAUUUCCAGCAUAUGUAGCAUUGGGUUGGAGUAUUUGUCGUCGUUCGUAGAGGCUGCUCAAGGCAUAGUCGGUAUAUGUGCUAAUGUCCA